AUGCAGGUGGCGAAGGAAUCGAGUAUUCGGAUGGGUGGUGGCGAUGCGGUGGUGAAGAUGGAGGCGGCGUACGAGAGGAUCCGCCAUCUGGCCUCCGGCAACGCUGUGGUGGUCUUCACAAUGAGUGGCUGCUGCAUGUGCCAUGUGGUCAAGCAGCUUCUCUUCGGCCUCGGAGUUGGGCCCACUGUCUUUGAGGUUGACAAAGACAUGGCUGGCCAUGAAAUCCAUGCUAUUCUGUACCAGCUCGCCGGCGACUGUCAGCAGCCGGUCCCGGCGGUGUUCGUAGGCGGGAAGUUUUUGGGUGGUAUUGAAACUGUCAUGGCGUGCCACAUUAAUGGCACUUUGGUUCCUCUUCUAAAGGAUGCUGGUGCUCUCUGGCUCUGA